UCGUGAAUCGAACCAGUCUCUCUCUCUCUCUCUCGGUCAGGCACCGGGUUCGUGUGGCUCUCGUGGUUGAUUCCCCGGCCAGCCGAAACCCUAGCGGUUUUUGUGUGUACGUUUUGGCGGGAAAAUGUCGGGGAAAGGAGCGAAAGGCCUUAUAAUGGGCAAGACCCCCGCCGCCGUGAACGGAGCAAACAACAAGGACAAAGACAAGAAGAAGCCCGUUUCUCGCUCUUCUCGCGCUGGUCUCCAGUUCCCUGUGGGACGUGUUCACCGGAUUCUGAAGGAGAGAGUAUCUGCAAACGGAAGGGUGGGGGCAACAGCUGCUGUUUAUACAGCUGCUAUAUUGGAGUAUCUGACUGCGGAAGUGCUGGAAUUGGCAGGAAAUGCAAGCAAAGAUCUCAAGGUAAAGCGCAUUACUCCAAGGCACUUGCAGCUUGCUAUUCGGGGAGAUGAAGAACUUGACACCCUAAUCAAGGGAACUAUAGCUGGUGGAGGAGUGAUUCCACAUAUCCACAAGUCACUUAUCAACAAGUCUUCCAAGGACUAGCUUUUCAGGUCUUUGUUUACAUGUGAAUUGUUUACCUCUUAUUGGGAUUUUAUAAAACCCAGAGGACAUGUGAAGAACAGGCAGGAAGGCAGAAACUUGUGUGAGGAGGCUGUCUCUCUUAUCUGCUGAUCUCCCCUUGUCUCCAACACCCAGAAACAGAUUAUGACAUAGUCUUGCUAUUUUAGUAAUUUGCGCAUUUCUUUCUUUUCCAA